AUGUCUUCCCUCGAGGCCAAAAUUGUCGUCCUUGGCGCCCAAAACGUGGGCAAGACCUCGCUCGUCAUGCGCUACUGCAAAGGCGCCUUUAACCCUGCCCAAAUAACCUCGACCGUCGGUGCCAGCUUUCUCACCAAGCGCAUCGUCGACAUGGACAGCGACACCGUCGUCCGCCUCCAAAUAUGGGACACAGCUGGCCAAGAACGAUUUAGAUCCAUCUCCCGAUUAUACUACCGCGGCGCCAACGCCUGUAUCCUCUGCUACGACAUCACCGACGCACAGUCCUUUGCCGACAUGGGCGUGUGGCUGACGGAACUCCGACAAAACCUCCCCCACGACGUCGUGCUACACGUGGUGGGCACAAAGGCCGAUAUUGUCGCGCGCGACCCCUCGGCGCGCCAGGUGCCGUUUGAACGCUGCAUCGCCUACGUCGCCGAGAACCUGGCGCCCGGCCUGGGCAGCACGCCGCCCCCGACGGCCAUUUCCACGAACAUGAACGGAAACGUCAGCCUGUCCUCGGCCAGCGCCGUCGGCGAGCCGCGCAGCCCCAGCUCCAAGAGGAGUUCCGGCUUUUGGGGCCAGGAGGUCGGCUGGGAUGCCUGCCACGAAAUUAGUGCCGAGAGUGGCGAGGGCGUUGAGGAGGUCUUUCGCGUCGUCGCGCGCAAGCUUGUCGAGCAGAACCGCAAGAUGCAGCAUGCUCUUUUCCUGGCCACCGCCAUGCCCGGCACGCCUGGCUACAUUGACGGCAUGGAUGGAAGCUAUUUCGAUGGCCGCGACCACAAGGGCAGCUUCCGUGUCGGACACGACCGCAGGAGCUGGCUUUUUCCUCCGGCUUUUUCGCCCGCCAUCACAGUCGACCGUCCUGUGAGCGAAGACAGAGACGGGCGCGAUGAGGCACCGAAGCUCAGGUCAAGGUGCUGCUGA